CGAUGGCGCAGAAACCCCGUUGACAAGGCACUGCUUUUUCAUGACGUUGUCAUGGAUGAUGAUGACGACUCGUGUCUCCUUGAUCUUAUUGGAGACCCACAAGCACUGAACUAUUUUCUGCAUGGACCUAGUAAUAAAUCUAGCAAUGAUGACUUGACUAAUGCAGGAUAUUCUGCAGCCAAUUCAAAUUCAAUUUUCGCCAACUCUAGUAAUGCUGAUCCUAAGUCAUCCCUCAAAGCUGUGAGCAACCAGCUUGGAGAAGGGCCCAGUGAUGGACUGCCACUUUCCAACAGCCUUCAGUUUCUUGAAGAUGAACUUGAGUCUUCUCCUCUUCCUGAUCUCAGUGAGGACCAACCUUUCGACAUCCUUCAGAAAUCCUUGCAGGAGGCCAACAUCACUGAGCAGACGCUGGCAGAAGAGGCAUAUUUGGAUGCCAGUAUAGGUUCAAGCCAGCAGUUUGCACAAGCUCAGCUUCAUCCUUCUUCAUCAGCAUCCUAUACUCAGGCUUCUAAUGUUUCUAAUUACUCAGGUCAGACGCUGCAGCCUAUAGGGGUGACUCACGUGCCUGUUGGAGCAUCGUUUGCAAGCAAUACAGUGGGUGUGCAACAUGGAUUUAUGCAACACGUGGGGAUCAGCGUGCCCAGCCAGCAUUUGUCUAAUAGCGGUCAGCUGAGUGGUUCUGGUCAGAUACAGUUAAUUGGGUCAUUUGGUAAUCAACCUUCCAUGAUGACUAUUAACAACCUAGAUGGAUCUCAAAUCAUAUUAAAGGGCAGCGGGCAGCAAGCCCCAUCCAAUGUGAGUGGAGGACUUCUGGUACAUAGACAGACGCCCAAUGGCAACUCCUUGUUUGGGAACUCGAGUUCCAGUCCAGUAGCACAGCCUGUUACUGUUCCGUUUAACAGCACAAAUUUUCAAACAUCUUUACCUGUGCAUAACAUCAUCAUACAAAGGGGUCUCGCACCAAAUUCCAACAAAGUCCCAAUAAACAUCCAGCCAAAGCCCAUCCAGAUGGGCCAGCAAAAUACGUACAAUGUGAACAAUCUGGGAAUACAGCAGCAUCACGUGCAGCAAGGGAUCUCUUUUGCCUCUGCGAGCUCCCCCCAGGGUUCAGUCGUUGGGCCGCACAUGUCUGUGAACAUCGUCAACCAACAGAACACAAGGAAACCAGUCACCUCACAGCCAGUGAGCAGCGCUGCGGGCAGUAUCGUCAUUCACUCUCCCAUGGGCCAGUCUCACACCCCCCAAAGUCAGUUCCUCGUACCUACAAGCCUUUCCGUCAGCUCCAACUCGGUCCAUCACGUCCAGACCAUAAAUGGGCAACUUGUUCAGACCCAAUCUUCUCAGCUCAUUUCUGGCCAAGCGGCCUCAGAGCAUGUCAUGUUGAACAGAAACUCUUCCAACAUGCUCAGGACCAACCAGCCGUAUUCCGGGCCGAUGCUGAACAACCAGAACACUGUCCAGCUGGUGUCUGGGCAGACGUUUGCUGCCUCUGGAAGUCCAGUGAUAGUCAAUCAUGCCUCCCCUCAGAUUGUUGGUGGACAGAUGCCCUUGCAACAGGCAUCACCAACGGUCUUACACCUGUCGCCUGGGCAGGGCGGCGUCUCCCAGGGAAGACCCGGCUUCUCCACCAUGCCCUCAGUGACAAGCAUGUCAGGACCUAGUCGGUUCCCUGUUAGCUCGUCCAGCACUGUCCAUCCUAGUCUUGGGUCUGCGGUUCAGUCGGGUGCGUCAGGAUCAAACUUUACAGGAGACCAGCUGACCCAGCCAAACAGGACUCCAGUACCGGUCAGUGUGUCUCAUCGUCUUCCAGCUGCUGCUUCCAAACCUACCAGCACCUUCAGUAACGCACCGGGAGCAGGAACCCAGCAACAGUUCUUCUGUCAGGCUCAGAAGAAAUGUUUGAAUCAGACUUGCCCCAUUUCUGCUUCCAAGACCCCCGAUGGCCUGAGGCAAGCACAGAUUCCUGGCCUCCUGGGCACCGCACUGCCAGGGCAGGAUUCUGGAGGCAAAGUUAUAUCCGCAUCCGUAGGAACCGCACAACCUCAGCAGGACAUCGUGGGAUGCUCUCCUGGCCAGCCGGCUGUGCAGGUGGAUGGUCAUUCGGGAGGACAGAAGAGGCCUGCCGCAAAACAGCUAACUAAAGGGGCUUUCAUCCUCCAGCAGCUGCAGAGGGACCAAGCCCACGCCGUGACGCCCGAUAAAAGUCAGUUCCGGUCUCUUGGUGACGCGGUGCAGAGGCUGCUCUCCUACCACGUGUGCCAGGGCUCCAUGCCCACGGAGGAGGACUUGAGGAAAGUCGACAAUGAAUUUGAAACAGUUGCCACUCAGCUCCUAAAAAGGACCCAAGCUAUGCUUAACAAGUACAGAUGCCUGCUCCUGGAGGAUGCCAUGCGGAUUAAUCCCUCGGCUGAGAUGGUGAUGAUCGACAGAAUGUUCAACCAGGAGGAGAGGGCGUCCCUGUCCCGGGACAAGCGGCUGGCACUUGUGGACCCUGGUAAGUCAUGUGGGUGGAAAGCCGCCGUCGGGUAUCAGGCACCUCCAUCCUGGUCCCUCCCUGUGAAGUGCAGAGAAUCCGCUCGGUGUCCGGACUCGAGCAUCCUCGGCGACUCUCGCUUGGAGAUGACGUGUAGCAACUCCUUCCCGGACAAACCUCGCAGGAAUUCGCCCCCGAGCGACGUUUUACACACAGACAUCAUGAAGGGGUCGGGCGAGCCGCAGCCGGACCUCCAGCUGACCAGGAGCCUGGAGACCACGUUCAGGAACAUCCUGGAGCUCAAGAAGGCGGGGCGGCCGGCCCCCAGCGACCCCGCCUCGCAGGACGGCUGCCUGGAGAAGUUCGCCCCGGACCCCAGCCAAGGCGCCGUGGAAACGGACUCCGUUUUAGAAGCCGCUGUAAAUAGCAUCCUCGAGUGUUAAUCGCCGCGCCCGCCCGCCGCCCGCUCCAGUCUCUCCUGCAAAAGCGAACGGACGGCCGGGCUCCAGCCCGGGCCCAUCACCGUCCCCUGCUCUCGCCCUGUCCUUCCUCAGAGCAAUACUCGCCGUGGGUCCGGGGGACCCGCCGGGGAACCGGUCCUUGUUGGCAAGCAGUCUGAUAGGCCUACACAUUGCAAGUGUUCUGAACGCGCUUUUAGUCAGUUUUUUGUUUACUUGUUUUAUUUUCUUAAAAAUACUGUGUAACUCAAUGCGAUCAUAGGACCCCUGGCCCUGGGUAAAAAGAAAAAAAUCCUGACAAUCAUAAGUCAUUUGAAAAGAACAGACUUAUUAAAGAAAAUCAAACAGGA